CUUUGUAUCAAAAGACAAAGAAGUAAUCUGGUACAUAUACAUAUAUAGGUGCAGGAGAAGGACCAUCGUCUCUUUCCUCAUUCCCAUCUCUAUUCUCUCUUCUCUCCCGUUUUAAUCCAGUGUGUAAGGGAAGGGGCUACUCUGCGAGAUUUCUGGGUCUAUAUUAUAUAUAGCCCCUGCGAUCUUUCUUUUUUAUCGCUGACAAACUCAAUUUACUGCUAUCGAUCCCUCUCCCUCUCUCUCUUCUGUGUUGUGUGUAAAAAGUUGGUAUGAUAUUCGGACAAUAAACGCUGUCAAAGCCAUAAAAAGUCUAAACGACGAAAGAAAAAGUUUGAAGAAAAAAAAUGCUGGAAACGCUCAAGUACCUGAUCGGCUCAGCCGGACCGAGUGGCUACGGCUCCAAAUCGACUGCCGAACAAGUCACCGAUAACUGCGUCGAUUUACGCACCUCCACCGCCAUCAUCACCGGUGCGACGUCGGGAAUCGGAGCUGAGACGGCUCGAGUCCUGGCUAAGCGCGGAGCUCGUCUCGUCAUUCCUGCUCGAAACCUGAAAGCUGCGGAGGAAACAAAGGCUCGUAUCACAUCGGAGUUUCCUGAUUCCAAAAUCAUCGCUAUGCGUCUCGAUCUUAGUUCUCUCAAAUCCGUGAGAAGCUUCGUUUCUGAUUUUGAAGCUCUCAAUUUGCCUCUGAACCUCCUCAUCAACAACGCCGGUAAAUUCGCACACGAUCACGGCAUAUCCGAAGACGGGAUCGAGAUGACGUUUGCAACUAAUUAUCUAGGUCAUUUUCUGUUAACGAAACUGUUGCUGAAGAAGAUGAUAGCAACGGCGAAAUCCACAGGCAUUCAAGGACGAAUAGUAAACGUAUCGUCCGGCAUCCAUACCUGGUUUUCCGGCGACCUAAUCGGCUCUCUCGGUCAAUUAACUCGAGAUAAAAGUCACUACGAUGCAACACGUGCAUAUGCAAUCUCGAAGCUUGCUAACGUUUUGCACACCAAGGAACUUGCUCGCAGACUACAGGAAAUGGAUUGUAACGUGACUGUGAAUUGUGUACAUCCUGGGAUCGUGAGAACUCGUCUCACAAGGGAACAUGAAGGUUUCAUUACAGAUUUCGUAUUUUUUGUGACUUCAAAGCUGUUGAAAACGAUACCGCAGGCUGCUGCAACUACAUGCUAUGUUGCAACAAAUGAAAAACUAGAAAAUGUGAGUGGAAAAUAUUUUGCUGAUUGCAAUGAAGCUUCAAAUUCGGAAAUGGGAUGCAACCGAAAGGAAGCUGCACGAUUAUGGUCGUUCUCUGAAAUCAUGGUUUCUACUAAUUGGAAAGAUGUUUUUGCUCCAUUUCGUUAGAAACACAGUAUCAGUAUCAGGUUCAGGUUCAAAAUAGAACCAAAUUAUACCAAGAAAAAAAAGAGAUAAUUCAAUCUCGGCCUUUGGAUGAAAAAACAUUCCAAAGGUUUAGAUUGAGUUAUGUGACUCUAUGAUUUAUUUUAUUUCUAUUUUGAACCUAGCUGGAGAGACACGUACUAUAGUUUAUACAUUAAGCAUCAAAUUAGAAAAAUACAAGAUACCUUGAUCGAUGAACAUAUU